AGCACUGCCCAGGCACUUGAACCAAUCGGGUUAAUUCAUAUUCGUGAAGCUCGCUCUUUCCGGAUUUAAAGAAUUCUCCGUGAUACCGUUCCGAUGAACGAACUCUGCGGCGUCGACAUCGAUUAUCUCCAUACCCUUGCCGCCAUCAUACGAUGGAAGAAAGUAAGGAUAAAGGAUGGGCAAUUGAUCAUUAUCAAAAACUACAUCGCCAACAACAACUUCACAACCAACAACUUGUCACACAUUGACCUUCGUUGCUUCCUCAAAAGUUGGACGCAAUACCAAGAAACUAUCAAGCUAUCAAUUUCCUCAUCAUCCCUGCUUACAAAACAAUCGACGCGAAGUACGGGAUCUGCGUUUUCCUAUCCACAAUGCAAUCCACCGAAACCCAUAAGGUUAAGGGUGACCCCACAAGCUUUGGCAUGCCCGUAGAUUCCGGCGUUGACAUCGAGAGAUCAGUGGAGAAGGCGGAAACCAAGAACGGAAGGUUGGAACCUUUUCAAAGCGAAGCCGAAAAGCAAAAUGCCUUUAUAAUGGAUUUUCCUGAUGGGGGAGCAAGGGCGUGGUCUGUAGCAGCUGGAGCAGCUGGGGUUUUAUUCUGUACAUUUGGAUAUAUAAAUGCUUUCGGUGUUUACCAAGAAUACUACCAAACCCAUCAACUCUCUCAUCGAACCCCUUCCGAUAUAUCAUGGAUUGGAUCUCUCCAGGUAUUCUUUCUCUUUAGUGGAAGUGCUGUGGGCGGCCCACUUUUCGAUCGUUUUGGAGGAAAAACAAUAUGGCCUGCUGCACUUCUAUACGUUUUUAGCGUCAUGAUGACUAGUCUCUGCAAGGAAUACUAUCAAUUCAUGCUCGCACAAGGAAUUCUGGGUGGAAUAGCUACUGGUAUGACAAUGGCGCCUGGAAUGACAGCUGUUGGUCAAUAUUUCAAUAAAAAGAGAGGCGCGGCAAUGGGCAUCACAGUCGCUGGGUCUUCAGUGGGAGGUGUUAUAUUUCCAAUCGCCCUAGCAAAAAUGUUUGCGAACCCAAAACUGGGCUUUGGAUGGAGUGUUCGAAUUAUCGGAUUUAUUAUGCUUGCAGUCCUUGGAAUCUCUUGCACGACUCUCCGAGCGCGAUUACCCCCUCGAAAAAAAUCGUUUUUCCUCCCAGCGGCAUUCAAGGAGCUUCCUUAUAUUACUUUACUGGUCUCGGCUUUCUUGAUGAUGCUCGGUGUGUUUAUUCCUAUCUUCUACCUCCCAUCUUAUGCCGUUCAGUAUGGAAUGAGCACGGAGUUAGCUUCAUACCUUAUUUCGAUACUCAAUGGCGCUUCAUUCUUUGGUCGUGUUAUUCCUGGUAUUUUGGCAGAUAAAGUUGGCCGACUGAAUAUGUUGUGUGCGGUCGGCGUUUCCACGGGAAUACUAGUAUUUUGCUGGCAAAGUAUUACUUCUAGUGCUAGCAUCAUUGUUUUUGCGGCUAUCUAUGGAUUUUGCUCGGGGGCAAUCGUGUCACUAGUGACUCUAUGUCUUGCAAUGGUCCCUAAGAACCCUCAAAACAUUGGAACUUAUAUGGGAAUGGGUAUGUUCGUCACAGCAUUUGCAGCUUUGAUUGGUCCACCUAUCAAUGGCGCACUUGUCGAACAGUACCAUUCUUAUGAUCAAGUUGCGGACUUUAGUGGUGUUGUGGUGUUGGUUGGUGGAUUAUUUGUUCUCGUGAUUAAAGUUGUGGAAGGGGGAAUUUUGAAGAGGGUUUAAUUCAUGGGUUCAUGGGACCGGAAACGAAAAGUGCUAUUUUUCUUUGGUGGGAAGGGACGAGGCGAAGAAUGAAAAUGCGAAUGGGUUAUUGUUUACGACCAUAGACACCCUCCACUUUUUAAAUGUCUAGAUUUGAUUUAUCUGCGGCGCAACAGAUACCCAAGAACGGUUGUUAUUGUGUUGCUUGGAGACACGCUAAUGGGGUUUUGGAGUACAAUUUACUAUUUCUCUCCUCAUUUUUCCAUGAUUUUCUUUAGAAUCCACUUCUUAAUUACAUGAUUGGCACUUC